GUGCAUGCCUUUUACUUUCAGUUUGACAAUGUAAGCACCUUAGAAAGGGACAAAAUCAAAGAACUAGAAACCAAAACCAGCUCACCCUUUUUUUGUUUUACUGAACUCUUGUAUAUAAGUCAUUGUCCCAAGUAACGUGUUGUUCCGCAGAUCCAGCAUCUCUCUACAUAUUUGUAUUGCAUUACCAUGAAGACCCUGCAUCUGGUGCUUGCCCUCUGCGCUUUUACAACAGUGCUCUGUUCAAGUCCGACAGUAAUCUUUACUGCCAACUCUGAGACAGUAAAAGAGCAGUUCCAGCCGUUGAUACUGAGUUGUUCAGUUAAGGUGUCCGGUAAUAAUCCAAUCCAAGAUGCAAAUGUUCACCUCUUGUACAUACUGCACGAAACAAAAAGAAUCAUCGCCCGCAUUUCUAAAGACCAACCGGUGGGUACAAGCCAAAACCCUGGCUCUAUUCAAGUUCAAGGACAAAUCAACGAGAAUCAAGCAAUGCACUCGUAUCUUCAGGUCACUUGGACAAAUCCGAAAUUCACAGAUUCUGGGAAAUAUUUCUGUCUGGCACAUGUCAGGAACUCUACAAGCCAAGAUAAUGUGCUAGAUGCUGAUAUUACAAUAAAUGUUGGGAAAUUAACUACAGAUGACUUGACCAUGGUCGUGAGUCGUCUGCUCGAACGUGUGGAUGAAGGCAAAGUAAAACAGGAGGAAAACAGGCAAAAAAUAUUGAGUGUCGAAGAAGACUUAACAGAUCGUCUGGUAAAUACGACUACAGUAGUGAGUCGUCUGCUAGAACGCGUGAAUAAUGGCGAAGAAAAACAAGAUGAAAACAGUCGAAAACUAUUGAAAAUGGAAGAAAAUGUCUACAAUCUUAUUGCUAAUUUGUCUCGUAUUCAAGAAGCGUUGAAUCAAAACAUUGAAAAGGCAACACUCAAAAUGGAAACCACUACAAUUACUACUUCUAGAGGUAAUUGCAAGCGUGGCUUUGACAAGAUUACAUAUGGUCAGCUCUUUGCUUGUGUCUGGGUGUCAUCUGCUCCGCUGGAUUUCUUUGGUGCUAGAGGCAGCUGCAAAGCUUUAGGGGCCCAUCUGAUGACACUUAAGACUAGAGACAAAUUCAACCUGCUAGCAACAAAUAAUGUUGGAAAUAAAGAGUUUUACAUUGGUCUAACAGACUUUGUAACGGAGGGUAUAUUUAGAUGGACAGACGACGAUUCUAUCAGCAAUCUGAGUUCUAUACAAAGUUUCUUCAGGACUGGCGAACCGAACGACCAUGCCGGCAACGAAGAUUGUGUCGCCUAUUACCCAAACGAAAAGCUAUUGAAUGACGUCAACUGCUUCGGACAGAGCCAUUAUAUUUGUGAACAGCCAAUUUAGGAAUCAGAACAUUAACAAUUUUUUUUUUUGAAAUAAAAUUAUUUAGGUUUUUAAGAAAUAGAAUUCGCCAUUUGUUUUCAAACUUUUUUGAUGUAAGGAUUAAACUGCGUACACUAAAUAUUUUGAAUAAAUUGUAGAAAAAAAAGUUUCCCCUUUCAGACCUUGAGGUCUAUAGGUCAUCUCUGUCUAUGACCCACUUUAACGAGGGUACAAUGUGACCGGAACAGCGAACAACCGCCUUUACUUUUCCCCUACUAAUGUCAGGUACCCACUGAAGCUAGGUGGACUCAAUGGCGCCCUAAAAAUCUCGAAAUUAAAAAUCCCAGUCUUCAGCAGGAUUUAAACCCGGGACCAUCGCUUUACCACCCAGCCAUCUUGCCUCCUUUAAAUAAACUGCAUUUGUUUAAUGAUCUUAUUUUAAAAUGUUGAAGUAGCUCUCCUAUUUAGGAUUUACAUCUACGGCAGAUUACUGAACAUAGCCACUCUUUCGGGUGUACAGGCUAUAGUUUUAAUAAGCUAUGUAUAUCACAUUGUAUAUGAUAAUUAAUUUUUUUACACACAUAGCAACAGUAAAGUCACAUUUCUAAAUUAUUUCAUUUUUAGCACAACAGGAUUUAUAGCGUUUUUUUUUUUUUUUUUUUUUUUAAGGAAACCUCAGAAUUUGCGCUAUUCAGUUUUAGCUUUAUCAUCAUAGGAAUCCUUGGGCUUUAUGCCUCUUUUCUUUGCCUCUUUUUUGGGCUUUAUAUGCCUCCUUUAUGGGCCAUCUUGCCUCUUUUGUGGGCUUUUUUUUAAUAUGUUUUUAUUUGUAAGUUACCAUAAUUCACAAGUAUUAAAUCAUAAACAAUUGAAAAGUGAUUAACCUAAAAAUAUAAUAACAGUAAUAGAAAUAUUAUUUAAUAUCAAAGACAUACUACCUAACCAAUGAACCCCCUAAAGACAGAAAAAUGAUACAAGUAUACUCUACUCCAGAACAAUCAACACAAUAUCAGAUAUCCCUGACCCCCAACACACUAUAGCGUUUAAGUUGGCAACAGCUCUUUUUUUUCCCCCCUUAUAUAAUAUGACCCAUCUAUGUUUGAAAUUUCGCCCAGUCUUCUUUUUCUUUUUUCUGCUAUUCUUUGAGUUCGCUUAUUUUGCAUGUUUAUCAUUACUGCCAUUGUUUUGUAGAAACACAUUGUUGCUUGAUGUUUUGAAUAUAAACAUUGUUACGGUCGUAGCGCAGCACGGUGUGCAUGAAUAAUGGUGCAAAUUUGUGUAAUGAAUGGAAGGGAUGUUGAAAAGGGGAAGCCGGGAGAAAUUGACAGGAAGAGAAAUGAAAUGUUCGUAUUUACAUAACUUGUUGUAAUAUUAAAGUAUUUAUAGAGUAAUAACCUGAGAGUCUAUUAUUAUUUCAAAGAGACUUGUGUUGUAACAAACAAGAAUUAAUUAGUUUCUUUAUUUUUUUUAAAAAUCAGAAUAAACGCUUAUAAUCUUG